AUGGCCAUGUUCCAAAAAAAAGGAGCAAGUGAGAGCAGGUAGCCAUUAUCAACCUACUUGCCUUGGCCUUCAUCAUAACUUACCAUUCCAUGCAUGUGUAUAUAUAUAGCUCACCAUCUCAUGCAUCCUUCCAUCAUUCAUCCAAGCUUUUCAUCAUCUUCUCCAAAUCAAAACCCUAAUCAGAUUAAUUUCCAUCACAAACUAAAAAAUGAAGGCAGGUCCAUUACAGCUUGGUGUUGCUCCACCUGCAAAUAGAGCCAUUGCCAUACUUGACUUCUUCCUCAGGCUCAUCGCCAUUGUUGGAACCCUUGCUAGUGCAAUCGCCAUGGCUACAACCAACCAAACACUUCCAUUUUUCUCUCAGUUCAUCAGGUUCAGAGCCAAGUUCAACGAUCUUCCUUCCUUCACGUUUUUCGUGGUUGCAAGUUCCAUAGUGAGCGCGUAUCUCAUUCUUUCUUUAGGGUUUUCAAUCCUACACAUAGCAAAGUCUAAUUUGGUCAACUCUAGGGUCCUCUUGCUUUUACUUGACACGGCGGCAAUGGGGUUACUUAUGGCGGGUUCAGCAGCAGCAACAGCGAUAGUACAGUUGGCACACAAGGGCAACAAUAAGGUCAAUUGGUUCGCGAUCUGUCAACAAUAUAAUUCUUUUUGCAAACGGGUAUCAGGAUCUUUAAUCGGGUCUUAUGCAGGAGUUGUUGUUUUGAUUCUUUUGAUCUUGCUUUCGGGUGUAGCUCUUUCUCGUCGUUGAUUUCUUUUUCUUUGUCAUUUGAUACGCAAUUGUAUGUUUUUUUUAUGCGUGUGUUUUGUUUAUGGUGUAUAUUUCUUGUGUGUCUGAUUGUGACACUAAUUUGUAAUGAAAUUUGUAUUAAUUUGAUUUGAUCGACACCCUAUUUCUGA